UUUGAAUACAUGAUUUUAGCAACCAUCAUAGCAAAUUGCAUUGUCUUGGCAAUGGAACAGCAUCUGCCAGAGGGAGACAAGACCCCAAUGUCAGAGCGCCUGGAUGAUACUGAACCGUAUUUCAUUGGAAUCUUCUGCUUUGAAACUGGAAUUAAAAUCAUUGCCUUGGGGUUUGCAUUUCACAAAGGAUCCUACUUACGCAAUGGCUGGAAUAUGAUGGAUUUUGUGGUCGUGCUGACAGGUAUCAUAGCAUCUACUGGACCAGAGUUUGACUUGCGAACCCUUCGAGCAGUGCGUGUCUUAAGACCUUUAAAACUGGUAUCCGGAAUUCCAAGUUUACAAGUGGUCCUGAAGUCUAUUAUGAAAGCCAUGAUUCCCCUGCUGCAGAUUGGGCUUCUGCUGUUCUUUGCUAUUCUCAUCUUUGCUAUCAUUGGGCUUGACUUUUAUAUUGGCAAAUUUCAUAGUUCCUGUUAUGAAACCUAUGGAGAUGAAGUCAAGGUUGAGGGCCUGUGUGGGAACGACUCAUCAUCGCGCAGGUGCCCCAAUGGAACCACUUGCUUAGACAAGUGGGAGGGACCGAAUAAUGGUAUCACGCAGUUUGACAACAUCCUGUUUGCAGUACUAACUGUAUUUCAAUGUAUUACUAUGGAGGGCUGGACAGAUAUUUUAUACCAUAGUAAUGAUGUGUUUGGCAGUGCCUGGAACUGGCUGUACUUUAUUCCCCUUAUCAUCAUUGGCUCCUUCUUUAUGCUUAACCUUGUUCUGGGUGUCCUUUCUGGGGAGUUUGCCAAAGAGAGAGAGCGUGUAGAGAACCGGAGGGCAUUCAUGAAACUGAGGAGACAGCAGCAGAUUGAAAGAGAGUUAAAUGGCUACAUGGAAUGGAUAUCCAAAGCAGAAGUGAUACUGGCAGAAGAUGACAGCGAUGUUGAAAGACUUCCAUACGAUGGGGCCCUGCGAAGACCCACACUCAAGAAAAACAAACUGGAGCUUCUGAAUGCGGAGGAGGGAGAGGAGGUCAUUGGAGAUAUCUCUUCAGUGGGCUCCCCUUUUGCCCGUGCCAGUAUAAAAAGUGCCAAGUUGGAAAACGCUUCAUACUUACACAAAAAGGAAAGACGCCUACGUUUCUACAUUCGGCGUAUGGUGAAGACUCAGGCUUUUUACUGGGUGGUUUUAGGCCUCGUAGCUCUAAACACGCUGUGCGUGGCGAUUGUGCACUACGGCCAGCCUGAUCAGCUAACUAAUUUUCUCUACUAUGCAGAAUUCAUUUUCCUUGGGCUCUUUAUGUCCGAAAUGUUUAUAAAAAUGUACGGUCUUGGAACCAGGCCUUAUUUUCAUUCAUCGUUUAACUGCUUUGACUGUGCCGUUAUCACUGGGAGCAUAUUUGAGGUUAUUUGGGCAAUGGUGAAGCCUGGAACCUCAUUUGGGAUCAGCGUCUUAAGAGCCCUCCGCUUGCUGCGCAUUUUCAAGGUUACAAAAUAUUGGGCAUCUCUCCGUAACCUGGUGAUCUCCCUCCUGAGCUCAAUGAAAUCCAUCAUCAGCUUGCUAUUCCUGCUCUUCCUUUUCAUUGUGGUCUUUGCCUUACUGGGGAUGCAGCUGUUUGGUGGACAGUUUAACUUUGAUGACAAAACCCCCUCUACAAACUUUGAUAGCUUUCCUGCAGCAAUAAUGACUGUGUUCCAGAUACUGACUGGAGAGGACUGGAAUGAAGUAAUGUAUGAUGGCAUCAAGGCUCAGGGUGGGGUCAAAUCAGGCAUGGUGUUCUCCAUCUACUUCAUCAUUCUGACUCUUUUUGGAAACUACACACUACUGAAUGUCUUCUUGGCUAUCGCUGUGGACAAUCUGGCCAAUGCUCAGGAGCUAACCAAGGAUGAACAGGAGGAAGAGCAGGCUGCCAAUCAAAAACUAGCAUUACAGAAAGCCAAGGAAGUAGCAGAAGUCAGUCCAGUAUCAGCUACUAACAUGUCCAUAGCAGCGAAAGAGCAGCAGAAGAACCAGAAGACGGCGAUGUCUGUCUGGGAGCAGCGUACAAAUGAAAUGCGUCGGCAGAAUUUGAUGAACAGUCGGGAGGCCCUAUAUAGUGAGAUGGAUCCUGAAGAGCGUUGGAAGAUGUCUUUCAUGCGUCCAGACGUUAAAACACAUCUUGACCGGCCACUGGUCGUAGAUCCGCAAGAAAACCGUAACAACAACACCAACAAAAGUCGGCCAGGAGAAAGCAAGACACCUUUGGAACAGCGUCUUUCUCACCAGCGGGCAGAAGACUAUCUACGCAAGCAAGCACGGUUUCAAGAGCGUGCAAGUCGAGCAUAUGACAUGGGCCAGGAACCUGGCCGUCGGCCUCGGAGCAAAGAACAAGAAAUUUCUCGUGAUGGGCAGGACAUGGGUCUUCAAGACAGGACAGGGGAAGUGGAUGGAGGUGUACGACCACCCCAGGAUCCACCCAGGAGACACAGAGGUGGAGGAAGCAAAGAGAGUAGGAGUGGUUCCCCUUUGCCACGUGGGGAAAACGAUCACCGCAGACACAGGGUGCAUCGCAGAACGGGGGAAGAACAAGAAUAUGUGGGUGGGGGUGGGGGUGGGGGUGGUAGUAGGGGAGGUGGCGGAGGAGGAGAAAGGAGGCCUCGUCAUCCAAGGGAGGGUGGAAGAACAAGGGAAGUCAGCGGUGGAGGGGAAAGUGAAGGGCCUGAUGGAGAAAGGAGAAGGCGGCAUCGCCACGCAGCGCAAUCCACCUAUGAGAAUGAUGUGAAGAGAGACGACAGGGAAAGAAGACAUCGGAGACGGAAGGAUCCUAAUGCUCCAGCUCCUAGCUCUGGCCCAAGUCUUUCCACCACAAGACCCAUUCAGGAUCGAUCUCGCCAGGAGAACCAAAGUCAGCAGCCAGAAAACAUGGACAACAUCCGCAACAACAAGCUGGUGACCAAUGAACCCCCCAUGGGGGGAGGAGUAGGCAUCAACCACAGCCCAGCCAAAAUGGGCAACCACACCAACUGCGCCAAUAACAACAGUGUUCCCACUGUCAAUUCUGCUCCAAGACGGACGCCACUGCCCACUAAUUCUGGCCCUCCCCCCACCGCGCCAGAUCCCGCCCAGACACUUAGUAACCCCACUGAUGCCUCCAAAGUGACUAAAACUCUUGAGCAGACCACAGUGGAUAUUACACCACCUUUCCCCGCACCAGUAGAGAAUUCUGUUACACAAGUUAAUAAAACAGUGGCAGUCUCCCCACUACCUCUAAAGGAGGAUGAGAAGAAAGAAGAAGAAGAGGAGGACGAGGAUGCUGGGAAGGGUCCAAAGCCAAUGCCACCGUACAGCUCCAUGUUUAUUUUAUCAACUACAAAUCCUUUACGUCGACUGUGUCAUUACAUUGUAACUCUUCGAUACUUUGAAAUGUGUAUCUUGCUGGUCAUCGCCAUGAGCAGCAUAGCCCUUGCAGCAGAGGACCCCGUGAAUCCUGAGGCCAUUAGAAACCAUGUUCUGCGUUAUUUUGACUAUGUGUUCACUGGUGUCUUCACCUUUGAAAUGAUUAUUAAGAUGGUGGAUCUGGGUCUCAUUCUCCAUCAGGGAGCCUACUUCCGAGACUUGUGGAACAUUCUUGAUUUCAUCGUAGUUAGUGGUGCUCUGGUUGCAUUUGCUUUCUCAGGUGGAAGUAAAGGAAAGGACAUCAGCACAAUCAAAUCUCUGCGAGUGCUUCGGGUCCUCAGACCUCUGAAGACCAUCAAACGGUUACCCAAACUGAAGGCUGUGUUUGACUGUGUGGUGAAUUCUCUCAAAAACGUCCUCAACAUCCUUAUAGUUUACAUGCUUUUUAUGUUCAUCUUCGCUGUGGUCGCUGUCCAGCUUUUCAAGGGCAAGUUUUUCUACUGCACAGAUGAAUCAAAGGAAUUUCAGAGAGACUGCAGGGGAGAAUACCUGGUGUAUGAGAAGAACGAAGUAAAGGCACAAAAGCGGGAGUGGAAGAAGUGGGCAUUCCACUAUGACAAUGUCUUGUGGGCACUGCUUACCCUUUUCACUGUGUCAACAGGAGAGGGAUGGCCAGAUGUACUCAGACACUCUGUGGAUGCCACCUAUGAAGAUCAAGGACCCAGGCCAGGAUUCCGCAUGGAGAUGUCCAUCUUUUAUGUAGUUUACUUUGUAGUCUUUCCUUUUUUCUUUGUCAACAUUUUUGUAGCCUUGAUCAUCAUCACUUUCCAGGAACAGGGUGACAAAAUGAUGGAGGAGUACAGUCUGGAGAAAAAUGAGCGAGCCUGCAUCGAUUUUGCUAUAAGUGCCAAGCCCCUGACUCGCCAUAUGCCGCAAAACAAGCAAAGUUUUCAGUAUCGAAUGUGGCAGUUUGUUGUAUCGCCACCUUUUGAGUACACAAUUAUGGCACUGAUUGCCCUAAAUACCAUUGUGUUAAUGAUGAAGUUUCAUGGGUAUUCUAAUACGUAUGAACAAGUACUAAAAACAUUCAAUAUUGUCUUCACCUCCCUCUUCUCUUUGGAGUGUAUACUGAAAAUCAUGGCUUUUGGGGCUUUGAAUUAUUUUCGCGACGCUUGGAAUGUCUUUGAUUUUGUGACGGUUCUCGGCAGCAUUACAGAUAUUGUAGUAACAGAGUUCUGGGAUAACUUUAUCAACCUCAGCUUUUUACGUCUUUUCCGUGCGGCUCGUCUCAUUAAACUUCUGCGUCAGGGGUAUACUAUUCGCAUCCUUCUGUGGACCUUCGUCCAGUCCUUCAAGGCACUGCCCUACGUCUGCCUUCUGAUUGCUAUGCUCUUCUUUAUUUAUGCCAUUAUUGGCAUGCAGGUAUUUGGUAACAUUGCUCUAGAUGAAGAAGAUGAUGACACGGCCAUCACUGAACACAACAACUUCCGUACAUUUUUCCAAGCUCUCAUGCUACUUUUCCGGAGUGCCACGGGAGAAGCAUGGCAUGAAAUCAUGUUGUCUUGUCUUAGUGGGAAGCCCUGUGACCCCCUGUCAGGCAUUAAGGAGAAGGACUGUGGCAGUGAAUUUGCUUAUUUCUACUUUGUGUCAUUCAUCUUCCUCUGCUCGUUCUUGAUGUUAAACCUGUUUGUUGCUGUCAUUAUGGAUAACUUUGAAUAUCUCACACGUGAUUCAUCUAUUUUGGGUCCUCAUCAUCUGGAUGAAUAUGUGCGAGUGUGGGCAGAGUAUGACCCAGCUGCCUGCGGGCGCAUUCAUUAUAAGGACAUGUACAGUUUGUUACGGGUUAUAUCCCCACCGCUGGGGUUGGGGAAGAAAUGCCCCCACAGGGUGGCCUGCAAGAGGCUCCUUCGAAUGGACCUUCCUGUGGCUGAUGAUAAUACUGUACAUUUCAACUCCACUCUCAUGGCUCUUAUAAGAACUGCGCUGGAUAUCAAAAUUGCCAAAGGUGGUGCUGACAAACAGCAAAUGGACAAUGAGCUCAGAAAAGAAAUGCAGGCCAUUUGGCCCAAUCUGUCCCAGAAAACGCUCGAUUUGCUGGUGACACCCCAUAAAUGUAAGGAAAACGCUACUGACCUAACCGUUGGGAAGAUUUAUGCUGCCAUGAUGAUUAUGGAGUAUUACAGACAAAGCAAAGCAAAACGACUACAGGCCUUGCAGGAAGAACAGAACCGAACUCCCCUCAUGUUUCAAAGGAUGGAACCUCCAUCACCCACACAAGAUGGACCAAUGGGACUAAACGCUCUAAUGUCUUCUCAGAGGGAGCCAGGAGGAGACAUGAAUAUCCCUGAGGGUGGAAUGAAGGAGAGUCAGUCUUGGAUGACGCAAAGAGCACAGCAGAUGUUCCAAAAGACGGGAACGUGGAGUCCAGAGAGGGCCAGAGAACAAGAAAAUACCAACAGCUGGCCAGAUUCCCAGCUGGUGGAGAUGACCGAGAUGGGUAGAGAUGGUUACUCAGACAGUGAGCAAUAUCUUGUGAUAGAAGGGCAUGGCAGAGCUGCCUCAAUGCCACGACUACCUAAUGACAACCAGCAGCGAAGGAAAACCAGACCCAGAGGGAGUAAUCUCAGUACCAUUGUGGAUGGAAGUCCCAUGAAACGUUCAGCCUCUAUGCUCGGUCAUUCUCGGUCUAAAGGCAUCCGACUAAAUGAAUACUCGUUGGAGAGGGUCACGCCUGAUGAAGGCCCUCGCCAUGGGCAGCAGCGCAGAAGAGAAAGGCGGAAUCAAGUGUCUGAGAGAUCCCUAACACGCUACGUGGAUCUAGAAUCAGGUCUUGGUACAGAGGUCAGUACCACCACACAAUCGUGUGAUCUGCCUUCAGAAGAACGUGGACGUACCCGGGACCGAAAGCAUCACCACCAUCACCACCAUCAUCACCACCACCACCAUCACCAUCCUGGAUCUGAAAGGGAGCGUCUGGAGUACGGGAGACCUAGUUCUCGCUCUCCGAGUGCAGGACGAGAUUACACUCCACACAGACAGGGCAGUAGUUCAGUGGAUGGCAGCCCCGUGCCCUCAACCUCUGGGGCCAGCACACCCCGCAGAGGAAGGCGUCAGCUGCCCCAGCUUCCCCCAACCCCCAGGCCACGUAUUACCUACUCCCCGGUGGUUCGCCGGCCUGCCAGCAUCGGCCCCCCACAGCAGCUGUCCCCUUGCCGAAUGACUACACCUAUACCAAGAAGAUAUCCUCAGAGCGACAGCCACGUGAGCAGCAAUGAGAGACGGGCCACUCACAACGACUCUCCUCGACCACACCGCCACACCAGGGGACAAUGCUCUGAUGCCCCUCGCGCUGGAUGCAGGCACAGUGGCCCUUACCGGGAUUCCUCCUAUGAGGGACCCCACCCCUGUGACCAGCGCACCUCCAGGACUGCCGACCCCGGGGGGGCACCUCCCCUAUCGCCACAUGGGCGCAGGUUGCCCAACGGCUACUCCCAUGGGACCCCGCGACCCACUAAGUCUCGUCACGAACGUUACAGUGAGAGUGAGGAAGACGACUGGUGCUAAAAAAAAAAAUCUACAGAUAUAUAUAUAUAUAUAUAUAUAUGUAUAUAUAUAUAUAUAUAUAUAUUAAAGAACUUCACUCUAGCAGGGAAAACAAAGACACGUCUACAAAAAGGAACAAGAAAGGGGGAGGAAAAAUAUGUUUCCCAAAAAAAUAAUAAAUUACCACCAAAAAGAAAAUCCUCCUUUUGUUCCUUUCCACAUUUUGGUAUAAGGAAGGACGCCCUUGCAGCAUGUUUUUUUUAUAAUUCGGUGUAUUUUGGGAGGGCAUAUGUAUUUUGCAAGAGAGUAGAUGACACUCAGGAGGAUAAAGCAACAAGUUUACCACCAAAUUCCCCUCCCUGCUCUCGGAGCUCCCCGUUGUUAUCACUGUUCAGAACCAUCUCCAUUGCUCCAAUUUUCCCACGUAGAAGAAAAGAAAAAAAAAACGCAAAAUGACGUGAAAGUUUCUAAAAAGCUGCAGAGAACUUUUGGAAAAUGUACAAAAAAUGGUAUUUUUUUCUCAAUUUGUAUUGAUGAGUUUUAUCAUCCAGAGGAUUGGAUUUAUGUGUGCUGAUUAAUGUCUUGGAGAGAGAGCACGUAGACGCACACGAGCAAGAGUGUUUAGAGCUCAUAUUUGUUCAUAUUGCCUGCGGAAAUGAGAUUAAAAAAAAAAUUAAAAAAUACAACAAAAAAAAGACAAAAAGUUGGAGAAAAAUAAAAAAAAGCAGCAUUUGAUUCAACAUCUGAUUUUUUGCUUGAAAUUCCCAAAAACAAGACAUAAAAAAAAAAAAAAAUCACAAAAAACAAAAUUGCGUUGCUAACUUUAAAAGCUUUUUUUCCGACUUUGUUUGAAAAACGUUAGAUGCGGAGUGUGGCGGAUGCAUGAAUAUUAUAAAUGGCAAAAAAUGUUAAAUAUAAAUAUAUAAAUAUAUACACAAUGAAUUUAAAAGAUAAUGAUAGAUGAAAACUGGAAUCUCUACCCAAGUGGCGAGCUGAGAAUAAAUUUCUGUUUGUCGGAGAAAAUGGGAGACCUGUCUAAAGUGGUCUAAAGCUUGUUAUUAAGUUCGAAAAUUCGACAGUGUAGACCAUAUUUAUUAACACACAGCCCAUGGUGAGUACUGGGUGCCCAAGUAGCCCUUAUCAUGGGUCUUAAACACCUUUUACUUACCAGUCUCAAAAAACAUCCUUUGUGUAGCUACACAUGCACUUAAGGAAACGGCUACACCAAAUGUCUUAAUUAGAAUUACGAACACACUUUUGCAGCCCUAAUAUUAAAAAAGUUCAGUUCUUUGAAGUUCUGUAGUCUUAGUUCUCACCCCUUUUCUGCUUUGUGACCUCCUCUCUUGUCACAAGUAGGUGUCAGUUCUAUAGCAACCAAUCGAAAAACAAUUGCUAAAAGGAACAAUAGCUGCUCAUUGGCUCUGUUUUUCCCUAAAUCAGCCCUAAUGACUGGGCAAAGAGCUCUUCCAAUUGGAAAUUACAACAGCGUGCCUUGGAUUUUAAAAGGUUAAUCCCAUUCAGAGCAAUGAAACCUGCCAAUGUUCAUUUUUAAUGGUUUGGGAGUAGCGGCUUUUGUGUAGUAAAGGCCUGGUGUAUAUGACACUGGAGUUAUCCUUUACAUAUGAAUUGCACUGCAUAUAUUUCUAAUUUAAUGUGAGUUUUAUUCUACUUUAAACAUGUCUCCCAUGUUGUAUUAAAGACCCCAGCAUGGAUUUAAGAAAUAUUUUACAAAACAGUGUUUUCCUUUUACGUUUCUGCUCUCCUGUGUUGAUUUGUUCAUGUUUUUAUGUGUAUUUGUGUUAUAUUUGGUGGACAUGGUUCAGAUCUCCUCACCUCACUUGGGGUGCAGUAGUCAGAUGGGGCGUUCUUGCAUACCACUUCAAACACCAUUUUCCUAGAAGUGGGAAACUUUCAUGAGAUCUUUGUAUGACCUGUGGCCACAUGUUUCAGCUCAACAUGCGAGAAAGUGUACUAUAUUUUUUGAAUUAAACAAAAAUGUAAGGAUUGCAAAAACCCCCAUCUGUCAUUAACCUUGAAGGAAGCUAUAUUUACUAUUGCAUUUGCUUAUUUGUAGCUGUUACCUGGUCAGAUGGUUCUACAUAUUGGUCUUCAGGUCUUUGGUCACAAACUAAAUCGGAAGUAAACCCAUCCAAAAAAAACGUUUCAUUUCCGGCACGUGUCGGAAAUGUAACACUCCCAUUGGUUG